CCAUCACGCACUCCAUCCAUCCAUGGGUCGGAAACCCUAUCCUCUUCAUCUUCCUCUUCCUCUUCCUCUUCCUCUUCCUCCUCCAUGCUGCUGCUCCGAGGCAAGCUCAAGCUCAAGCUCAAGCUCCUCCAGAAGAUGCGCUCCGUCUCCGAUCCUCCUCCCCACCCGCCCGGCGCGGAACUCCAGAAUCGGCGGCCCGGGGGCCUCGCCCACUCUGAGGAGGCCGAUCGCUUGGAGUUCCAGCUAUCUCAAAAUGUGAUUAAUUUAGAAGCAUUGCAACACAUUGCUCGGAAUGGCCUUUCCCAUGGAGGAGAGCAGCGCGCAACAAUUUGGAAGCAGCUUUUCUUGGGUUAUUUACCUGUUGAAAGAGACGCUUGGGAAAGAGAGCUGGCCGGAAAUAGAUCAAGAUAUGCUGAGCUGAAGGAUGAACUUCUCGCGCAAAUCCUGCAGUCAGAGUCCUCAAGGACGAAGGGUGAAGCAUCAACUUCGAACAAGCAGCCUGCAAAAAAUGACGAUGACGGUCUACUGUCCCGACGUGAGGUUUUCAAUGGGAAUCAUCCUUUAAAUCUUGGCAAUGGUGGUGUCUGGCAUCAAUUUUUCAAGGAUGCAGAGAUUGCGGAGCAGAUUGAUCGUGAUCUACUGCGAACCCAUCCCGACAUAGAUUUCUUUUCAGUAGGUUUUCCUUGUAGUGAAAAGCAUCGGGAUGCCAUGAGGAACAUUCUUCUUCUGUUUGCGAAACUUAAUCCAGCAAUAGGGUAUGUACAAGGGAUGAAUGAGGUCUUAGCUCCACUGUACUAUGUAUUUAGGACGCAAGCGGAUGAGCAAAAUGCUUCAAAUGCAGAAGCAGAUAGUUUCGGCUGCUUUGUUCGGUUGUUAAGUGGAUCUGUCGAUCAUUUCUGCCAACAAUUGGAUAAUAGCUCUGUGGGCAUACAUUCUACCCUUUCACGUUUAUCUGAACUUCUAAAAGCCAAUGAUGAAGAUCUCUGGCACCAUCUGGAGAACACAAAGGUGAAUCCUCAGUUCUAUGCAUUUCGGUGGAUAACCUUGCUGCUGACUCAGGAAUUUAAGUUCCAUUCUAUAAUGAGGAUAUGGGAUUGUCUUCUUAGUAAUCCCUGUGGCGUGCAAGAGAUGCUACUGAGGGUCUGUUGUGCCAUGUUGUUGUGUGUGAAACAUGAGCUUCUGAAUGGUGAUUUUGCAUCAAAUUUGGAACUUCUCCAACAUUAUCCGGAAAUUGAUCUGGAAACUCUGCUAGACAUUGCUUGUCAUCUGAUUCCAUGUUCGCCUACUCAUUUGCUCCAUUGCUAGAAAGUAAAAGAUAUACUUAGAAGGUCCUGUAAUCGACGGCAGGCAAAGUAUCCUGAGAAACAAAACUCUACUAACUACGCGUCGGUAAUUUGUGAUUCCUAGCAUGUUGUUGUACCUACAGGAAUGAAGAUCUUAACGGAACUCGUCUGUAAAUUGACAGGAAACAGUAAAUUUGACCGCAGCUACUGAAGUACUGAUGUACUGAUACUUUCAUAGAUAAGAUCUACUGGGCUUCCCCUUGCCCUGGUGAUACUAAAAUAGUAAGUUUCCCUCCUGAAACCUGCACGAUUUUAAUAAAUGAAAUUUUAUGUUAUUUUAAAAUCCA